AUGCUACCCGAAAACAAUCCAAAUUUUGGAAUAGCAUAUAGUAAUAUUGAUGAUAUUCAUAGAUUAAUGGGUCAUUAUGAUAGGGCACUUUCAUUUCAUCAGAAAGCAUUAAAUAUUCAAGAAAAUGUACAAUAUAAUCCUAUGGACUGUGCAACGACAUAUACAAAUUUAGGUGAAAAAUAUCGAGAAAUGAAAGAUCAUACAAUGACAUUGACAUAUUUUCAAAAAGGACUAGAAAUACGUGAAAGGAAACUACCUAAAAAUCAUCCAGAUUUAGCCGUAAUUUAUCACAAUUUUGCUAAAUUAUAUUUGUCUACUCGACAAUACAAUAUCGCAAUGAAAAAUGUUCAACAAGCAGUAGAAAUUGCUCAAGUGAAAUUGCCUUCAAAUCAUCCUCACCUUUUGGAUUAUAAAGAAACAUUUGAAAAAAUUCGAAAGAAACUGUAA